AUGUCAAAAUUCCUUACCCCUUCGGAAGUAAGCAAGUACUGGAGAAACAGCCUUGAAAUUGCUCUACUCGACGUGCGCGAAGAAGGUCCAUACGCCGAUUCCCAUCCUCUCUUCGCAAUCAGUGUGCCCCUAUCAGAGAUCGAGACAAAACUCCCCCCACUUGCUCCCAGAUUAUCCGCUCCGAUUGUUGUAUAUGACAAUGGCGAAGGUUACACCGAUCAAGCCGCUGACCGCGUUUUUGCGCUUGGGUACCAACACGUUUUCAUCCUGCAAGGUGGACUUUCCGCAUAUGGGCGUGUCGGGGAGGUUUAUCGGGAUGUCAAUGUUCCAUCAAAGGCAUUUGGUGAGCUUGUCGAAUCUAUCAAUCACACCCCGUCGUUAUCUGCGCGCGAGGUAAAAGACCUACUGGAGAGGGAGAGUGAUGUGGUUGUCCUGGAUGCGCGGCGUUUCGAGGAGUAUCAUACCAUGAGCAUUCCUCGUGGACUUAGCUGUCCUGGCGGGGAGCUUGUUUAUCGUGUUCUUGAUGUGGUGCCCUCUGCGACCACCACGGUUGUCGUAAAUUGUGCUGGUCGGACCCGGAGCAUUGUUGGAACGCAGUCGUUGGUCAACUCAGGGAUUCCGAAUCGGGUGGUGGCGCUUCGGAAUGGGACUAUUGGAUGGACCUUGGAGGGAUUGGAGCUAGAGACGGGGAAAAUUGGGCGGAUUCAACGACCUUCGGCUGAUGCGUUGGAGAAGGCACGGCAGCAUGCAAAGUCUUGGGCCGAGUAUGUUGGUGUCUCCGUCAUCAAUGGUGAUAAGCUUUGUGACUUUGCUGCGGAGUCAGAAGACCGCAGUCUGUACCUGCUGGAUGUCAGAGAUCCAGAGGAGUAUGCAGUUGGCCACCCUGUGGGCUUCUCCAACGCCCCUGGUGGUCAACUGGUACAAGCAACGGACGAGUGGGUUGGUGUCCGAGGGGGACGUAUUGUCCUAUACGACGAUGAUGGUGUCCGAGCGCUUAUGACAGCAAGCUGGCUGCAUCAACUUGGAUGGGAGGUGCAUGUCUUUGACGGACAGACUUCCAUUCCUGACAUUGCCGUUUCGAGGCCUUCCUCCUGGAACUAUCCACAGCCUAGUGCUAUUUCAGUAGAAGACCUGGAAGGUCUCACUGGAGCCAUUGUGAUUGAUCUCGCUCGCAGUCCGGAUUAUCGAAAAGGCCACAUCCCGGGUGCAUGGUUUGCCUCUGGACCAGAACUCGUUCGGGAUUUGCUGGAUUUCAAAGGUGAUGCACCGAUCGUUCUGACCUCUCCCGAUGGAACCAUUGGCGCAGCGAAUGUCCAAGCCGUGCGAAAUUUUGUCUCACAAGAAGUUCUGUAUCUAACAGGAGGAACAAAGGCCUGGGUGGAAGCUGGUCAUCCCGUCGAGACUAAGUCGCGGUGGCUGUCUCAGCCAAUUGACGUUUAUAAAAGACCAUAUGAAGGAACGAGCAACGCGCGGAAAGAUAUGCAAGCGUACCUUGAUUGGGAGUAUGGCCUUGUCGCGCAACUGGCAAAUGAUGGUAUUUCUGGAUUUCGUGUUGUGCGAGAUCAGCGGAAGAAGUGA